AUGCGUACUGAUGCUACGAAGGCGUCGAAACAAGGUGAAACAUUGGAUGCGAUGGACAGAGCUUCAUCGUUGAAGAGGCACGAUAGCCGAAUGAUCAUCCACUUUGACUACGACUGCUUUUAUGCAUCGGUGUUCGAGGCUGAGAAUCCUGCGCUGAAGAACCAACCCCUGGCCGUUCAGCAGAAGCAAAUCAUCGUCACAUGCAACUACGAGGCUCGAAGGAGAGGCCUGUACAAACUGCAACUCAUCACUGAGGCCAAGAAGGUCUGUCCGGAUGUGGUAAUCGUGCUUGGCGAAGAUCUCACAAGGUUUCGAAAUGCGUCAAAGGAAUUGUACAGCUUUCUUCGUAAAUCGAUCUGGAGCGGGCAAGCCGAGAGGCUGGGUUUCGACGAAGUCUUCCUGGACUGCACUGAUAUGGUCAACUACAAUAUAGACAUUUUGAACCACAAUGAUCUGUCCCAUUCCUUUUUCUGCUUAGAUCAAAACGACCCAACAAUUGGCUUUCAGUACGAUGCAUCUGAGCCAUUUGGGCCUACAUAUCCCCCGGAAGCUGGUGCAGUGUCAGAUCAAGAUCUUCAGCUAUAUCAGCGGCUCGUGCUUGGCUCUCACCUGGCACGAUAUCUGCGGCAUGAACUCGAGAACGAAAAGGGAUACACUGCUACAGUAGGUAUCUCCACUAACAAAAUCUUGUCGAAGCUGGUGGGCAACCUUCAUAAGCCGAAGAGUCAAACCACAUUAGUCCCUCCCUAUGAUGCAAGUGCCAGCUCUGAAUCACAUGUCACCACAUUCAUGGAUAGCCAUGAUAUCGGCAGGAUUCCCGGCAUUGGUUUCAAGCUCUCUCAGAAGAUUCGAGCUCGGAUACUUGGUCGUCAGCCAGCCUUCGACGAGGGUCUUGUUUACGGGGGAACAAAGGAAAAGGUGACUGUACGAGAUGUACGGACCUUUCUUGGAAUGGGCCCUGAGAUGCUGGAAGAGAUCUUAAGUGGUCCUGGCUCCCAAAGGGGCAUCGGUGGCAAGAUCUGGGGCCUAAUACAGGGUGUGGAUGACGUCGAAGUCAGCCAAGCAAAGAAAGUACCCUCCCAAAUCAGCAUUGAAGACAGCUACACUCGACUAGACACAUUGGACGAAGUCAGAAAGAAGCUCAAUCUGUUAUCAAAUAGUCUGAUCAGACGCAUGCAUCUGGACCUAAUGGAAGACGACGAUGAUGCGGAGAAUACUGACCAUGGGAUAUCGAAAAGAAGAUGGCUUGCCCAUCCUCGGACGCUCAGACUUACGACCCGUCCACGGCCAGCCGUCAACCCUGAUGGUACCCGCUCGAGAUCAUUUAACCGUGUUUCACGCUCUCUACCAAUGCCAACGUUUGCUUUCAGCCUGACUGAAAAUGUUCAUGCACUAGCCGAUAGACUGGUCCAAGACUCAUUGAUCCCAUGCUUUAGGAAAUUACACCCCGAACGAUCGGGUUGGAACUUGAGUCUUGUCAAUGUGGCUGUGACCAACAUGGCGGAGACAGCGGCAGACAGCAAGGAUAGUAAGGGUAGGGAUAUAUCAAGGAUGUUUAGGAGACAAGAUGAUGUGCUGAAAGAGUGGAGGAUCGUGGAUGAGGACGUCGCUCCCCAUCUGACUGAUGAUGUGAAUGAUCUCCUGGAAGGCUCAGUUGACGAGGAUGUCUGCUCUGAAGCGACACCACCAACUUCAUGGGAAAGCGAUGAGGAGGUUCAGGACAACGUGGACGUCUGUGGCCGAUGCGGAUUAUCCGUGCCGAGCUUUGCCUUGUUAGCUCAUGAGCGAUUCCAUCAAAUGCCUGAUUGA